UUGACGACAUAACCAGCGUUAGGACUGUGAAGGGAGUACGCUAGGCUUUCUCUUGGUUUGCAGUUAUUAAGUGAAUCAGAAGUCGAAUACUUGGGUGAAACUGUUUGUUUUUUUUUGCUUUGCGUUUUUAUGUAUUUUAUUUAUAUUUUUUGCUUAGUUAAAGUAACCUGUCAAGCAUUUUGUAAGCGAGGUUUUAGUUAGCAAGGUUUGCAGUGCAGUGAAAAUGGAGGACUACAACAGGCCGUCGUCUUAUCUGGAUGAUCCCCCAAACAGCAGACUGUUUCUGGUCACCAGCAAAUCCAUCACCGAGGACACUAUCCGGGAGCGUUUUUCCCCUUUCGGUGAAGUCCAAGACAUUUGGGUUGUAAAAGACAAACAGACGAAAGAGUCGAAAGGAGUUUCUUUUGUGAAAUUCGCCAAAUCCUCACAGGCAUGUACCGCCAUGGAGGAAAUGCACGGCAAGUGCCUGGUCGAAGGAACCAAACCCAUUAAGGUGUUUAUCGCCCAGUCCAGAUCUUCUGGGAGUCACAGAGACGUGGAGGAUGAGGAACUGACCCGAAUCUUUGUCAUGAUUCCCAAAACAUUUACUGAAGAAGACCUGAAGGAGACCUUCAAGACCUAUGGAGAUAUAGAGUAUGCCAUUGUCAUAAAAAAUAAAUCUACAGGGGAGAGUAAGGGUUUGGGCUACGUCCGAUUUCACAAACCCUCUCAGGCUGCCAAAGCUAUAGAGAACUGUGACAAAACUUUCAGAGCCAUCCUUGCUGAACCGAGGACGAAAAACUCAUCAGCUGACAACGACUAUUUCAGCAACCAAAGAUCAGAUCAUGCAGGAAAUGAGCCAGGCUUAAGUGCCUAUCCAUUUGGUGCUGAGACUAGUAGUUACACUGCUGGAGAUGGCUGGAACGCUGACUUGAUAACUAGGUGUCUGAUGGUGUCAUCACGUGUGCCCGUCGCACAGGAGCAGAUCUACAGCCUGUUUGAUCUGAUCCCAGGAAUGGAAUACUGUGAGAUGCAGAGAGACCAAUAUGGUUUCAGUAAAGGCCAGGCUAUGAUUCGGUACAGUAAUCUGGGAUCAGCUGUGUAUGCUAAAGAAAAACUAAAUGGCUUUGAGUAUCCACCGGGAAACCGACUUUCUGUGACUUUCAUUGAUGAUGGAGAGGACAGGACCAGCCCGGUAGGGAAGAUGGCUAUGCAGUUGGUUGCAGCUCAGAUGAUGUCUAUGGUGUGGAACGGCCCCUCUGGAGCUCAGCUAAUGAAGACCACUGCAGGUUAUGCAACACAAUCAGUGCCCCAGAAACCUCGUGUACAGACGGAUGUUGUCCUCCCCUCUCAUAAGAAACUGGCUUCUCCUGACAGUGUGGUCAAAGAGAGGCUUUUUGUCAUUUUCAACCCCUCCCCAUUGCCAGUGGACAUACUGGAAGAUGUGUUCUGUCGUUUUGGCUCCUUAGUGGAGGUGUACCUGGUACCAGGCCGGAACGUUGGCUAUAUUAAGUAUGCGGACCGAAAGCAUGCCAAUGACGCCAUGGCAGCACUUCAUGGCAAAGUGGUAAACGGUGUGAAAAUGAAGGUCAUGCUUGCUGAUCCACCUAAAGAGGAAUCUCACAAGAGGCAGAGAACUUACUGAUGCAGCUUCUACAUUGGCUAAGGUAGGUCACAACCCCUGGUAAGGCAUCACCUUUAGACCCAUGUCGUUGUUUGGUUAACAGGAAUCUUAUCAUGCAGGAUUUUAUCAAUAUUAAGUUACACAAAUGAGAGUUACACAUUUCUUAGAUUUUUUUUAAUCAUGGCUUCUAUUAUACUUUUAUGACUCUUAAUUAAAACUUUAACUCUUGUAAAUGUCUUUAAAUUUGUGUCUGCUUGUUAUCAUGUAACAUUCUUUCUCACUGAUGCCUUCACUCUGCUCGAGACCAGGCAUAAAGAAAACCUAUUUAUCUUUUGCAGGUCAGAUAAGCAGUCUGCUUCAGUUUUGUGCUAAUAAUUUUAUCUCCUUACUUAUUACGAGUUAUUAAACGGAAAACGAUAUUAGAGUAAAAAGAACAAUGAUUAUCAUGCGGUUGAUUCAUAAUCACGUUUUUGCUUGAGAAUUUGUGCUUUGUCUUUUUUCUUCAAACUCCAUAGACAGAAUGUAUAAAAACAGGGACUAGUGACAUUCACUAACCUUUGCAAGCCCUUAAGGCACGAUUCUGCUUGAUGGAUAAAGCCUGACGAACACAAGUGCAUGUCUAUAUCCAUUCAUACACACACAGGAAGCAGGUCUCACAGCAGGGUGUUCUUGUAUAACUGGUUUGCUGUCUUUGUUCCUACAGAGUUUAAGUGACAUGACGCAUGACUUCGACAUGACUGGACGGAUUUUUACGAUGACACGACCUCAUAGCUACGGACAGUGACUACUGUACAUAUGUUGUGAUGCCAAUUCUGAUGUUUUGCUAUGAGGAUGAAUGCUACGUCUCCUUUGAUACUGUAUUCUUUUUUUUUCGUAUAUGUAAUUGUGAAAUACACCUAUAAGCGGUGUAAGUCUAAAGACUGUGAAGACAAAGACAGAACACACACAGACACCAGACAUUGCUGUAUAUGGGAUUGUGUUUCAUGUAAAUGGUCUUAUUACUAAUAAAAAAAAUUCUAACUGA